AUGAGCCACAUCAUCAGCAAUCGGAUGUGCCCAGACACCAUUAACACCUACAUCGGUAACCUUACAGAAUCCUACACCGACAAGAGCAAUGAGCCCAACAUGGUGGCAGCCUCUGUCAUCAUGUUCGCCCUCGCCGGGCUCUUCUUCAACCUCAACCUCUUCAGCGGCAUCUCCGACAUCAGCUCCAUCCUCGACCCCAAAGUCCGGCUCUUCCUCUCCUCGGCGCUCUCCCUCUUCCUCCCCGUCAUGUCCUACCUCUUCUCGGAAGCCAAGAACAACCAUGCCGGCCAGUACUCCACCACCACCGUGGGUACUGGCCACGUUGCUGACCUCUCCCUGAGGGCCGGCCUCAUCCUGGCAUGGAUGCUCCUGGUGGAGCUCCUGCGCAAGAAGGUGGACGAGAUCCGCAUGCGCGGCUACUCCGGCACCAUCCAGCGCGCCGGCCGCGUCGUCUGGCUGGGAAGCCUCGUCUUCUUCAACAUCAGGGACACCGGCCGGAAGGCGGUGUUCGCCAUCCUCUGGAUCCUCUGCGCCACCCGGGUGCUGCAGAGGAUCGCCUUCACCGAGUUCGGGAAGCGAUCCUACGCCCAUGGCAAGAACGCCCGCCUCCUCAGCUCGUACAUGGCCCAGAUCCUGGAACAGGAGGAGCCUCGAGCUUCUGUCCAGGGUGGUAUCGAUGCUGGGGACGAGGUGUUGAAGAGGUGCAACUACAUUGUGAUGGGAGAAGAGAAUCUGGUGGGCAUUGAGCCCACUGCAGAUGGCUACAAGCUGGACAAGCAGGCCAGCUCCUCAGGCUAUGACGGCGGCGGCGUCGUCAAAUGGAUCAGAAAAAAUGAUAGCGGCAUCGUCACUGUCGGUAAAGUCUGGGAGCUCGACGACAGGGACAAGUUCUUCACCUCCCAAGAGCAGAUCCAACGCCUGAAGAGGAUCUGCCUCUCGUUCGCUCUCUUCAAGCUGCUGCGCCGAAGGUUUGAGCACCUGCCGGCGGUGAGCAAACAAGAAGAGGACAACUCCCGGGACCUCCUCCUGAAAGGCCUCUACAACAAUGGCGAAACCUGCUCAGCCGAAGCAAUGUUCCAGGUCAUGAACGACGAGAUCAACUUCCUUAGUGAGUACUACCACUCUGUUGUCCCUGUUGUCCUUGCAAGCCCCUUCUUCCUCUUCCUCAACUACUUCCUCCUCAACAUAGUCGUCGCCGUCCUGUGCGUCAUGACCGUCAUUCUCUGCGCCAACGGUGACGUCAGCUACGCGUUCCAGAGCAUAGCCACAGAUAACUACACCUUGAAAUCUGGGGUAUUCAAGAUAGCCAUCUGCCUUCUGCGCAGUGUCACCACACCUUCAGCAUUCUUCUCCAUCGUAGACCUCUCCAUCACCAUCCUUCUGUUCAUCAUCUACUUCUACGAGGAGAUAUGGGAGUUCUUCGUCUUCCUGCUCUCCAACUGGUUCAUGGUGUCCAUGCUCUACAACUACACCUCCAAACCACGCUGGCUGAGGAACACCACCUUCCGGGGCACCAUGUUCUGGGUGGGCUUCAGCAUCAUCAUGUGGCUGCGGAGCAAGAUGAGCCACCCCAGCCUAACCCUCAAGCAGUUCUCCGUCCUGAAUGUCAGCUGGCCGCUCAAGCUGCCACUGUUUGCCGCGUUCACCGGCUUAGCGGUGCAAAAAAGGCUAGUGCCGAACAGUGUGAAGAAAUCCAUCAUGGACUACCUGGUGGAACAUGGGCGUGGUACCCCAAACUAUGAUCUUGACCGUGGCAGGUCCGCGCUGCGGAGGAACGGCCUCUUGGACACGCUGUCGUGGGCAUGCCAGAGCGACAGCAUCGCCGAGGUCAUCCUCGCAUGGCACAUCGCCACCAGCAUCAUGGAGGUGGAGCGCCGCCCGCAGACGACAAGCAGCGCCACGGAAGGAACAACCUUCAGCAGGGUGGCCAUUACGCUGUCCAAGUACUGUGCCUACCUGGUGGCCUUCCACCCGGAGCUACUGCCGGAGAAUCCGGAGAAGGUGGAGCUCGUCUUCGAGGAGAUGAAGGAGGAGCUCAAGGCCAUGAUCAGCUGUCGGGAGUACUACUUCUCACUGCAAUGGGCGCGGGUCCGGAAUCUCAUUGACGGCCCGACGCUGACCCCCAGUGAUGAAUGCAGCAAAGUUGUGCGUGACGGCGUGAAGCUAGGCAAGUUUCUGAUGACAGACGAAGCAGCUGCUAAUAACAGGUGGAUGGUGUUGGCGGAUGUGUGGACGGAGCUCAUCAUCUACCUGGCGCCGUCGAGCGAGGAGGAGCGUGUGAUGGGGCAUGAGGGCGCCCUGGUGCAAGGAAGCGAGUUCAUCACCGUGCUCUGGGCGCUCACCACCCACAUCGGCGUGUCCAGGCCGCCGCCGGCCAACAGGACGCCAUGUUGA